AUGGCUCCUGUGUAUAAGAUGUUGGCAGAGGUGAAUGAUGCUGCUGGUAUUGGUGUGACUUCUUCGUAUAAUGCAAUUAGUAGGGCUGGUGGUGGUCGGAAGUUUGUUGGGUUCACAAAGAAUGAUUUGAAGAACCAUCUGCGAACGGUGAGGACGUUAUCAAUGGAGUAUGGUGAUGCGACUGCAUUGCUUGAAUACUUUAGACGUCAAGCACAGCUGGAUCCUGGGUUCUUUCAUGAGGUGGAGGUUGAUGUUGAAGAGAACAUUGCUAGUAUUUUUUGGGCAGAUGGGAAGAUGAGAAUGGAUUAUCAUUAUUUUGGUGAUUCAAUUAGUUUUGAUACUACUUACCGGACUAACAAAGAGUAUCGGCCACUAGCUUUGUUUGUUGGUUUCAACAAUCAUCACCAACUGACUGUCUUUGCGGCUGCUCUUCUAUAUGAUGAAACAACGGCAACAUUUGAAUGGCUUUUCGAUCAGUUUUUGAAAUGCAUGGGAGGUGUGAGACCGUUAUCAAUGUUUACUGACCAGGCUGCUGCAAUUGCUGCUGGUAUAAGGUCUGUUUUCCCAGAUUGUUUUCAUGGUUUGUGUACAUGGCAUAUUGCUCAGAAUGCAGUUGUUAAUCUGGGAAGUUUGUGUGACUCUGACUUCCUUCGUGAGCUUAGUUAUUUGAUGUAUAAUGCUGAUGAUGAGGAUGAUUUUGAGUAUAAUUGGAAGAAGAUGAUUGAGAAGUGUUUUCCUGGGAAGGGACCUUUGGGACACAGUUGGUUACAGGGCGUUUACAAAGUCAGGAAGAAGUGGUCUUCAGCCUGGGUGAAUAAUUAUUUUGGUGCAGGAAUGAAGAGUACCCAGCUAAGUGAGUGCUGCAAUAGUAAUAUUCGACAUUACUUGCAGUCAGAGUUUAGCGUUAGUAGAUUCUUUGUGCACUUUGAGAGGAUGCUGGAUAAUAAGAGGGAUGCUGAAGAACAAGAAGAGUACUAUGCCUUAUCUAGGUUGGCUGAUUCUCGGUUUUCUACUAGCCCUAUUGUGAAGCAAGUUGCUAAUGUGUAUACGCCGAAGAUAUUCAAGUUUUUCCUGGAUCAGUACAAGGAAUCUCUUGCGUAUAAUAUUUUUUCAAAUACAGAGAUAGAACCAGAAGGACAUGUAGGAAUGUUUGAUGUCUUCAUAUUGGAGGAUGACCAUACUAGGUUGGAUAGUAGGGUGUUGAAGGUUGAUUUUGAUAACGGUGAAAUCAAGUGUUCCUGCCGUAAGUGGGAGUCAAGUGGUUUGAUCUGUAAGCAUCAAAUUAAGGGAUAUGAUAUGUUGUGGUCUACAACAUGCAAUCUGAAGUUCCAGCACAUUCCUAGCAGUUUGAUUUUGAAGCGGUGGACAAGAGCAGCAAAAACUAGAGGGAACUUUUCUUUUGAAGUUCCGUCUACUGAUAGUCCAUCGAAAUACCGUUCUCGUCUUUUCAAUCUGUCAGCUGUUUCUGCAUCAAUGAUCAGCAGGGUUUCAAUGGAUGAUGAUUUGUAUAAAUCAGCCAUGGCCUUCAUGACUGAUUUGAUCAAAAAGUGUGAAGCCCUAUCGAUUAAUGAGCCUGCUGGAACAAGCACGUCUUCUAACGGUGAUAUUUGUUUUUGUUAUCUUGUUAUAGAUGAUGUACCGGUCCAAAAAGUGAAGGGGUUUAAGCCUAAAAAAGAUUCAUUCAAGCCUUCGAAACGACCAAUUCCAGUUGCGGAGGCUGCAAGGGCUCUAAGUAAGAAGAAGAGAAAAACUAACAGGCUUGAGGAGGAGCAUUUGAAGGCUGUUGAAGAAAGUUUAAGGCUGAAGCUGUAA